AUGAGUAGUAUGAUAUCAUCCCACAUCGUUGCAUGCCUAACACAACUUCAACAUGUGCUCUCAUCUGGUUCCUUGCCUGACUACGAGGCUGAAGUUCCCUGUGCUUUCUGGCACGACGAAUUAGGACGACUGCGACUAUGGUCAGCCAAUAUCGGCGCACAUCAAACAAAUCAGUCUUCUCUUGAUUAUAGACUGCGAGAUGCGUCUCAUAUCAAGGACCAGGUUAUUAGACAAUUGGACAGAUUACAGCGAAUAACCGAGGAUAUACAACUUGGUCUAGAAGAGCAGCUACUGGAGGAGCUUUCUGGUACUGACUCAGAGAAGGAGGAGGAGGGUACACUUUUUCAGUCCUUUUACCAUGAUUUAAAGGACUGCAUCAACGGCCUUUACCAGAUGGCGAUAUUAAUUCAAAAGCCCGCGCCACACGAUCGACUUGCGGGCAUAAAGCGACAAGACUUUUCAUAUUUUCAGACUUAUGAUCGGCAACAUGUUUUCCAUAAGUUUCCAAAGGCGAUUGCAGUUAUAGGGAAUCGCUUGGCCACUGCUAAUUCUAAACGCCGAGCACUUCUAAAGUAUCGUGAGAGACACCGAAGAAAGCUUGGGCAAGGCCUUGAUAAUCAAACAGACACAGCCUCGGCAACCGUGGCAACCACCUUUGAUGCCCAGAUUCACAACCAGUAUGAAAUACAAUCAAAUCACUCAAUGACAUCGUAUGACCCGACAAUUCUACAUGGAGAGCAAGGACUAGCGACGCCACCUCUUCCAGAGGAAUCGGCAAAUGAAAGCCCCUUUGAAUGUCCAUAUUGCUAUCACAUUAUCGUCAUUAGAGAUACGAAGUCAUGGAUGAGACAUAUCUUUAGCGACAUUUUACCCUAUGUUUGUACCUUUACGGAUUGCGAGACACCCGACAUUUUAUAUGAAAGGCGUCGUGACUGGAUCACUCAUAUGCGAAACAAACACUCCCGAACGACUAAGGAUGUUGCUUUCUAUUAUUGUGCACUCUGCCGGGAAAGAUUUAUGCGUGGAUCCCCGAUUGAGAAGCAUCUUCAGAGGCACCUGGAGGAGCUUGCUCUGUUCAUUGUGCCAUCAAAUGUAACUCAGGAGAUGGACCAGACACCUCAGAACAUAAUACAAACAGAUGUCCUUGACGCUACACGGCCACCUAGCCCGGAAGACACAAGUAUUGGAUCAGACAUCGUUGAAUAUGAGCAAAUGGUAGGAACUAGUGAUCCAAACAAUGAUCCGGACAAAAGGUCCCUACCGGGGAGUAUCACAGAUCACCACGAUAUGCCACCCAAUCACAGCACACAGAAUAAAGCUAUGAAGAAAGAAAGCAAGCCUAUCGACCCGGCGAGGGCUGAGGGCGAGCACUUCAAUGCAUAG